CAUUCGUUACCAAAGUUAGAAGAAAAAAAUAAAAAGGCUGUCUCUGAGUAUUUCACCCAAUACAAAGUAAACAGUUUUUCUUCCGCAGUUUAUGGAGGCUCUCUGGGGGAAGCCCAUGUUAGGAACCGAAGAGGAAUUCUUGAAUUAGCCGGAGCCAUCAGGUGCACUACAGGGCGGUCUCCUUUUGCCUACCUACGUUACGGAUGCUACUGCGGGCUGGGAGGAAGGGGAUGGCCCAAGGACAGAGUGGACUGGUGCUGCUUUAACCACGACUGCUGCUAUGGAAAGGCAGAGCAAGCAGGCUGCCACCCCAAGAUAGAAAGUUACCACUGGGAAUGCGAGGACAACACUGCUGUGUGUGAAUCACUAGAAGACAGAUGUCAAAAAAUGGCAUGUGAAUGCGAUCGUGAAGCUGCCAAAUGUUUUUCUAAAGCUCCCUACCAUACAAAGUACCUCCUGUGGCCAGAUAUUAUGUGUGGUGAGGUUCAACCUUUGUGUAGAUAUUGAAUACACAACACCAGCCCCCUAUGAAAACUCUGUACUGAUUUAAAAUCUGAAAAAAUGGCUUUUGUCACAGUAGUGACAGGAAAUGAUUUUUCUCUUUCUUGUCUUUCCCUCCUGCACUCCUCUGCCUUAGAAUGGCCAAAGUAAACACUUCUCUUCUUAUUUACUUUCUAUAAAACAUGGACAAAAACCAAGUUCAGUAAUUUGGCGUAAGCUUUUCUUUUCUAAGCUCAAAUUCUUCUUUAGUAUUUAUCAUUUUAAGGAGUAAUUGACUGUGACUUGUUUGAAUCACAGAAUGGCUUGGGUUGGCUACCUUUCCCAUCAGAGCUUGACCUCACACAACAGCAGCUUGCACAGUUCAGGAGCUUGUAAGGAUAUAAAAAUGGCUUCAGCUUGUUUUCAUAGUUUUGGGAGACAUUUUAAGAAAAGGAGAAGUCAGUAACAAAACUACUGGCAAAUACAUUUUCCUGUAACCGAUAACUUUAACAGCUUAAGAACAAGGAAUGAUUUAUCUUCAUCCACCUCAGCUUAUUCGUAGCUGGAGCAAUACAGAACAAAUACAAGAAAUACAAGUCAAAGGAAACGUCAAACACUUGGAUAUAAAAUAAA